AUGACUUCCGACAUUCCUAUCCACGGCAACUAUCACGGUUACUACUCCAAGCGACCCUCGAACGCGGACCCGCGAUUAGCUCUCUUACCACCUUCAAUAUUCGAAGGGAAGCGUGUCCUUGACAUAGGGUGCAACGAAGGAUGGGUGACGUGCGAGAUAGCACAGAAAUGGGGCGCCCGUAGAGUCGUCGGUGUGGACAUUGACGAGACCCUCGUUCGGGCGGCCUGGAAACGCCGGCGGACAGUUUGGAGUCUCCAACGCCCUCCUUCUGAACCUUCAGACGAUAGGAAGCGGAAACGCGAGCCAGACGCAUCCGGCUUGGCCGCGCGUACUGAAUAUGACUACUUCCCCGCAUCCUGCGAGUUCAUGUUCGGCCCUCUGCCUAUCCCCGCAUUUGAAGCUACUGAAGCUCACAAAUUUCCUCAUAAUCUGUCUUUCCGGGCUGCGGACUGGGUGGAGAGCAGUAUUCCUGAAGAUGCGGAAGGGUACGAUGUGAUCGUCGCGUUCUCCGUAUCGAAGUGGAUACAUCUGAACGGGGGAGACAGUGGCUUGAUCAAGUUCUUCCAACGGGUGUUCGACGCACUCAAGCCUGGUGGCUCAUUCGUUCUUGAACCCCAGCCUUGGGAUUCGUACGGGAAGGCUAAGCGAUUACAUCCUACACUGAAGGAAAUUGGGAACACUCUCCAACUUAAGCCGGAUAAUUUUGGGAGAGAACUCAAGAAAAUAGGGUUCAGCGAAGCAAAACGUCUAGGAGCUCCUGGCGAAGGAGGCUUCAAGCGUCCUGUAGAACUGUAUACUAAAGUAUAGGCGCGGCUUACUGCUUUUUUCGCGUCUGUAGUUGGAUAUCCCGAUUGGGCUUAAUGAGACGCGACGCGAUCGAUGUCACGUGACAGACACUC